CGAAAAACUGAUCCACAACUGGUACCACUUGAAGGGGUGGGAACUGGACGAACAAAGACAGAAAUAACCAACUAGAGCAAAGGGUAUAAUACGUAUAAACAGAAAUUAGGAGAUCAUAAACAAAUGAACAAUAAUGAACCAGAUUAUAAUAGGACAAAAGCAGAAUUGACAAUUUCAAACAUACCUUAUUUUUCUAUUAUCAAAGACUCCCUUUUUUUUUUUUUUUUUUUUUUCUCCUAUCUCUUUCACAAUGCUUUGGGGUUUCAACAGGAUGCACUGUUAUACCUAGUCUCAGGAAGUGAACCUAUACCAGAGUGGUACUAGAUUCAAACGGGAUUUUUCAUUCGUAUGCGGCAGUGGUCACGGCGCUUAGGAUCACACAACCCCGUUUCCCUAAAGAGCUCGUCACACGAAGAGGGGAAACGGUAGGAUAGUAUCCAAAAGGUCAGAUAGAGAAAAAAAGAAAGAAAGAGAGAAAGAAAGAAAGAAAGAAAGAAAACAAUAAUAACAGGAAGGUUCUUCCAGAAGAGGCACCGAAAAGAUAAAAAUAAGAAAUCUGCUCAAUCCCACGAGGAGGCCAAAACCAGUUUGAGCGGGCAGAGAGUAUACGUCCAGCAGCUAAAAAGUGAGGACUUACUCAGAUGAUGAUGAUAGCAGCAAAGAGCGUCACUGAAGAAAAAGGAAAGGUUUAGCGUCAGUCGUUCCAGC